CCCGUGUGUCAGAAGACCACCUAAGGGCCUACCUAAGUUCUGUGUCUGACAGCGCAUAUGUGUGCGCUUACAAAAUAGCUUAGCUUCGCCGAGGGAACAGUGCCGGCUCGGUAUUUUAGCAGUAGGCAUGUCGCCUGACAGCAGGUUCCGUCGAGAAUGCGUUCCCAUGAAAUCCUUCGCAACCCUUAUCAAGGUUGUUUCCGUCUGCUGCCUUUUGUCAACUGGGACACGUGGCGAGGGUUCGGUUGGGAGUCGCGAGCGUCCGUCAUUUCACGUGAAAUUCCCGCGAAAGCCGAAGAGCGAAGCUCGCGCUGCAGAAGCGAAUGAGUCUAUAGCGAAUCAAACGCUGACUCUUGGCGUGCUCACAGCAGAUGACUUGGCGCAAGGCCUGUCGAUACGAUCAGCCAUCCAGCUGGCGUAUGAAGAGGUGCUGGCGGACCCAUCUCUCUCUUUCCCCUAUCCAUUGAAGCUGGCGUUUGGAAACGCGGCCAGCACGCGGUUCCAGGCACAGGCCACAGCCCUGGAGGUGCUGCCGACAACGCCCUGCUGCUGGUGGGGCCGCAGUUCUCCCUCGCAGGCGCACAGCAUCAUCGACCUGUGCCGAGACUACCAGGUGCCCAUGCUGAGCUACUCGGCAACGGACCCCACGUUCUCGUCCAAGGGCCAGUUCCCGUUCUUUGUGCGCCUGAGCCACAGCGACCAGAUGGAGAUGGAGGUGGUGGCUGAACCUGUUGGAGUACUACGACUGGCACCAGGCCAUCAUGAUCUUCUCAGACGACGAGUUUGGGCACAAUGGCAUGGACUCUCUGACCAACAUCCUCAUGGCCAAGUCCCAGCAGCUGCCGCUGCAGUUCUCCAACAAGGUGGCUCUGGACCCGCGCGCCUCCCAAGAGGGCAUCAAGCAGCUGCUGCGCGCCAUGCAGUCCUCCGAGACGUCCGUCUUCGUCGUCCACGUGGCCUCAACCAACGUGCUCUUCCUCUUCGAAGAAGCCCAGCGCAUGGGGCUGAUGAGCGAGGGGUACGUGUGGAUAUCAACGGAGGGCUCCAUCUCGCACCUCAUGGGGGCUGACGUCAACUCCACCUACCUCAGCACUCUCACUGGCAUGAUGGGCACGCGUGUGGCCAUCCGAGACAACCCGCGCCUGCAGGAGUUCAGGCGCAGUUGGAAGGCGCUGGACCCCAAGAAGUAUCCUGGUGCCGCCACUGACACUGUCUCCCCCUACGCGCUGCUAGGGUAUGAUGCUAUGUGGGUGGCGGCCCGUGCGCUCCACAACCUCUCCCACAUCCCAGGAGCCAGGUUCCCCUUCCGCCCGCCGCGCUCACCGCUGCCCUCUGAUGCGGGCGGCAGCACUGACUUCGCACGCCUCAACGUCAGCAGAGGUGGCAUCACGCUAUUGGAGGCACUUGCCAAGACUCAAAUGGAAGGAAUAAUUGGGAACAUUGCGUUUGACAAGAACCAUGACCGCGUUGGGGUGAGCUACGAGGUGGUCAAUCUGUUGGCGUCCAAAUUUGAGACCCUGGGCUACUGGGAGCAGGGCAAGGGCCUCGUGGCUCUCGAAUCGCAUGACUCGUCCAACUCCACCCUCAAGCCUGCUGUGUGGCCCGGCAACACCUCCAAGUUUCCUCGGGGCUGGUUACCAUCCAAAGGCAAGGCGUUACGCAUUGCAGUGCCCUUCGGCCCCGCCACCGUGGCACAGUACGUGAACCGCACUCCAGACGGCAACUUCACGGGCUUCUGUGUGGAGGUGUUUCAGCGAGCCAUGGCGCUGCUCCCGUACCCGGUGGGGUACUCGCUGGUGCCGUAUGACUUCCAGAGCAACUCAUACGAGGACCUCGUUCGGAGCGUGGCGGACAAGGAGUUUGACGGGGCGAUAGGGGACAUCACCGUCACAGCUGAUCGCGCCCAGACUGUGGACUUCACUCAGCCCUUCAUGGAGUCCGGCCUCGGGUUGGUGGUGCCCGUAUUGCAGGGCGACCCCACGAACCCCUGGGCGUUCCUGUACCCCUUCACAGCCAGCAUGUGGGCGCUCAUGAUAGCCUCCAUAUUCUUCACAGCCGCGGUCAUCUGGUACCUCGAGCACAACCAGAACCUUGAUUUCGGAGGGGGGCCCUACCACCACCAGCUCACCACCAGCCUCUGGUUCGCAUUUGCCAGCAUGGUCCGCUCGCAAGAGCAGCACGUGGGCACAGUGUUGGGUCGCUUCGUGGUUAUCUCCUGGCUCUUUGUGGUUCUCAUCGUCACCUGCAGCUACACUGCCAAUCUUACCUCCAUCCUCACUGUUAACAACCUCACUCCUCCUGUACAGUCACUGGCGGCUGUGAUCACAUCCGGCUCCGUGGUGGGGUACCUCAAUGGAUCCUUCUCAGAGCAGCACCUCCUGGGCUUCGGAGUUCGCAGGUGAAACCUGCCGACAAGAACGUCGGGA